UUCGCCUGCUAAGCAACUAACAAUAGUAAUAGGUUAGGAUAACUAAAUUUUAUGAGGCAUAUUGAAUAAAUUUUUUGUCCCCACUAAUUUCAAACUUUCGUAUCUCUGUGCUUAUGAUAAAAUAUUUGUUGAAAAAUCAAACUCUCAACCUAUAAUAUGCAAAUUAAAAUCAGUCUCAAUUGAUGUAAAAUCAGUCUCAACUGCUUUUCUUCUUAUUCAGAAAAUCAUAUUUUUUUUAAAAAAUAUGCAUUAAUUUUUAUUGAAAUUUAAUUGAAUUGUUCUGAUAAACUUAGCAUUUGAAGCAGAAGCAAUAUUACAGUUCAGUAACAUUUUUGAUAUUAAUUAUCUACAACAACUUUAUGUAAAGGCACAUAUUUUUAUUCAAUGUGAUACAUGAGACUUGGAACAAAUACUAAUAUUACUAAGUAUACGAUGACCUUUGAAGUUGGUGAGAAAAAUUAUUCUUGCGAAACAUGUAAUCAGAGUUUCUCAUAGAAAAGUCAUCAAACUGACCACAAUCGAACUCAUGCUGGUUAAAAAUCUGACUCUUGUAAUAUACGUAUUAGGAGUUUUUUACAAAAAAAAAUGAGACUGAAUACAGUUGUGUCGAUAUCAGUGAAAAACAUUUUUCUUGUGUGUAGUAUAAUGUAAUAAGAGUUUUUCUUAUUGAAGAGUGAUGUGACUAGGCAUAGUACUUUUCAUGCUUGUGUGAAGCCUCAUUCUUGUAGUAUAUGUAACAAGAGUUUUUCAUAUAUUAAUCACACGAUGGAACACAGUAGUGUUCACACAGACGAGAAACCUUUUUCUUGUAAUAUAUGUAACAAGAGUUUUUCUCAAAAAAGGUAUCUAACUAAACACAGUCGUGUUCACACUGGUGAGAACCCUUAUUCAUGUAGUUUAUGCAAUAAGAGUUUUUCACAUCGAAGUCAUCUGAAUGAACACAGUCUUGUUCACACUGGUGAAAAACCUUAUUCUUGUACUAUAUGUAAUAAGAGUUUUUCAAACAGAAGUAAUCUUACUCAACACAGUUAUGUUCAUGCUGGUGAGAAACCUUAUCCUUGUAGUUUAUGUAAUAAGAGUUUUUCAAACAGAAGUAAACUGAACGAACAUAAUCGUGUUCACACUGGGGAGAAACCUCAUUCUUGUAGUAUAUGUAAUAAGAGUUUUUCAAGCAGAAGUAAUCUUUCUCAUCACAGUUAUGUUCAUACUGGUGAGAAACCUUAUUCAUGUAGUAUAUGUAACAAGAGUUUUUCACAAAAAUAUCAUUUAACGAAACACAAUCAUGUUCACACUGAUAAACAUUAUUCUUGUAGUUUAUGUAAUAAGAAUUUUUUAUAUCGAAAUCUUCUGACUAAACACAGUCAUGUUCACACUGGUGAGAAACCUUAUUCAUGUAGUUUAUGUAAUAAGAGUUUUUUACAUCGAAGUCAUCUGAAUGAACACAAUCGUGUUCACACUGGCGAGAAACCUUAUUCUUGUAGUGUAUGUAAUAAGAGUUUUUCAAACAGAAGUAAAUUGAAUGAACAUUAUCGUGUUCACACUGGGGAGAAACCUUAUUCUUGUAGUAUAUGUAAUAAGAGUUUUUCAAACAGAAGUCAUCUGAAUGAACAUUAUCGUGUUCACACUGGGGAGAAACCUUAUUCUUGUAGUAUAUGUAAUAAGAGUUUUUCAAACAGAAGUAAACUGAAUGAACAUAAUCGUGUUCACACUGGGGAGAAACCUUAUUCUUGUAGUAUAUGUAAUAAAAGUUUUUCAACCAGAAGUAAACUGAAUGAACAUUAUCGUGUUCACACUGGGGAGAAACCUUAUUCUUGUAGUAUAUGUAAUAAGAGUUUUUCAAACAGAAGUAAACUGAAUGAACAUAAUCGUGUUCACACUGGGGAGAAACCUUAUGCUUGUAGUAUAUGUAAUAAGAGUUUCUUAUAUCAAAGUGAUCUAAAUAGACACUUUCGUGUUCACACUGGUGAGAAACCCUUUUCUUGUAGUAUAUGUAACAAGAGUUUUUCACAAAAAUAUCAUUUAGCGGAACACAAUCAUGUUGUAGUUUAU